AUGUUGAGAGUUAAGGCAAAAAUAACUUUUGAAGAUGCUAUUAAAAGUAAAGCUGACAAAGAUGAACUUGACGCAACGAACAAAGUUUUGAAAUCUCAUAAACACAAUAUAUCCGAUAUAAAUGAACUUCAAGCUACAUUAAAUAGUAAAGCUGACAAGAACCAUACACAUGAAUCCUUCACUACUGUUAGAGCAGACGACAUAAUAUUGAACUAUACCCUUGGUUCAAGUGCACCUUUAGAGAAUCCAAGUACAAGCGUAAAAGAUACACUAAACUCCUUAAAUAACAAAUGUAUAAAUAUCGAAGGUCAUGUCAGAAACUUUGAAACAUAUGAACUACCAGCAAUGUUAGAUAAAAAAGCAGAUAAAGAACAUACACAUAACUCCUUCUCAACUGUUGCUAUAGAAAGUAUUGAAGGAACGGUUGGCGGAACUGGUGGGGAUGCAUUAUAUUAUAAACCUCCUAACUUUCCACAAGGUUUAACAUCGAAUGAAAACAUAACAACAAAGAAAGACAUUAGCUGUAAAAAUGUUUAUGUCAUGGAUGAUGAAAAUAAUGUUAAAUUCACUGCUCAAGAUUUAUAUGAUAAGAAAGCCGACAAAACUUAUGUAGAUGAAAAUUGUGUGAAGAAGUCGGAAAUGAAUGAUGCAGUUAAUGGUAAAAUAAAUGAAAGAUUUUCGAAUAUAGAUUCAUUAACAGUUAAUGACAUUCAAUUACAUCAUCAAUUACCUGGUCAAAAGAAUGUGGAAUAUAAUAAUCUUACUCAUGUUCUCGAUGGUUUCGAUGAAUUUAGAACUGAUGCAACAAAUGCGAUUACAAGCAUGAAAAAUGAAAUAUUGCAAGCUAUAUAUCCUGUUGGUUCUUUAUAUACAUCAAUGAAUUCAACAAAUCCCGCAACAGUUUUAGGUUUUGGUACAUGGCAGCAGAUUGUAGAUAAAUUCUUAUACUGUGCUAACUCUUCAAAUCAAACAGGUGGUUCAAAGAAAAUUUUAGAAGCAAACUUACCUGCGCACACUCAUACAGGAACGACAAACUUUUCUGGCGACCAUAGCCACUCAUUAAGAGACCACCCAUUAUACAACUCAGACUAUAAAGCUGGCAAUGACGUUUUAUCUCCAUCUUAUAACAAUUCAGCAAAAAAGACUUUUCGACCAACUGAACCAGGAGGAAAUCAUGUCCAUACUUUCACAACAAAUCCAACAGGCUCGGGUGAAGAUUAUAUGCCACCAUUUAUGACUGUAUUCGCAUGGUACCGUCUUGAAUAA